AUGGAAACUGAAUUGGAGCAACCCGCGGCAGCCACUUUAAAUAGUACGGAGGAAACAUCGCGUCCUAUACAGCCAUCUACACCAGUGAGAAUCACUAAGGUGCCAGACAGCGCGGAUUCCGUCUCGUCAAUUAUUCCAGGAGAAUUGUCGCCGACCGAAUUCGCACACAUCAACGGCAAACGCAAGCGGAGGGGCUCAGUGACCAACGAUGAGUACAGAGUGCCUUUGCAAAAGAAAGCAAAGUUGAAAGAGGAAACCACCUCAUCAUACGUUUGUGGUACUGCCGCGGUACCCUUACAGAGUGUUUUCAGUUUGGAUGCACGAGCUCCAGGCCCUCGGUUGCUGCCAAGCCCAAUUCCACACUAUAGACAGCGACAGCGAGUGGGUUCGAUACAACACGGCCCACCACAGCCAUAUCCCCCCAUACGCCUUGCACCAUUUCGAUUCUCCCACCACUCUGACCAAAGCAACGAAGAUGUGUACAACGAGCUUGCUCAUUGGUAUCAGCAGUUCCGACUGCAGAUGUGGUCACCAGUAGCUUCGGUGAUGGGAAUACGCUGGGAGCAAGCAGAAGAGAUUGGAUGGUGCUUGGGCUGGAACGAGAUUAUGCGGCGCUCUAGCAGAUCAUCACUAGCCCAUUAA